AUGGCUCAGUCUCAUGACAUGAUGAGCAGGAAACCUCCCGGUCUUCGGUUAUUUGGAAGUGCUGGUUCUCUAAGAACAUACCAGACCCUUGUCCUGGUUCUUACAUUCUUUGCUUACACAUGCUUUCAUAUGACUAGGAAGAUCACAAGCAUUGUCAAGAGUGCACUUGAUCCCCAGACAAAGGUUGGUUUUUCUCACUGGGGACGAUUGCACGCAAGCAACACCUUGAACAUUGGCUGGUUGCCAUUUAACACCGUUGAUGGCUCAGCAUUGCUUGGUGAGAUUGAUGUUGCAUUCCUUGCUGUAUAUUCUGUUGGGAUGUUCUUUGCUGGACAUAUUGGUGACCGGAUGGAUUUAAGGAUCUUUCUGACAAUUGGCAUGCUUGGGACCGCCAUAUUCACAACUCUCUUUGGUGCUGGUUAUUGGCUGAAUGUCCACAACUUCUACUAUUUCUUAGUUAUUCAGAUGAUUUCUGGUCUGUUUCAAUCAAUCGGGUGGCCUUCAGUUGUUGCAGUUGUUGGAAACUGGUUUGGGAAGAGCAAGAGGGGGUUGAUCAUGGGUAUAUGGAAUGCACACACUUCUAUUGGGAAUAUAGCUGGCUCAUUACUUGCUGCGUUCCUGCUGAAGUUUGGCUGGGGCUGGUCUUUUGCCAUCCCCAGCCUGAUCAUGGCUUUUGUUGGGUUGAUAGUGUAUAUUUUCCUGCCGAUUAAUCCUGAGGUAAUGGAAAUAGACAUUGACAGCGGGGAAUUUAACUGUGAGAAAGACACCGUGAAGGAGCCCCUUUUGGAACCGGGCCAAGAAGUGAAACAUAAGGCAGUAGGUUUCUUAGAGGCAUGGAGGAUUCCUGGAGUAGCGCCAUUUGCUCUUUGCCUCUUUUUCUCCAAACUGGUUGCAUAUACCUUCCUGUAUUGGCUACCAUUCUACAUCAGCCAUACACGUAUUGGUGGUGAGUACCUCUCUGAUGCUAUGGCCGGCAGCUUAUCUACAAUCUUCGAUGUUGGUGGUGUGUUGGGAGGAGUUCUUGCUGGUCACAUCUCUGAUCGCUUAAAUGCGCGGGCAAUCACGGCUGCUAGCUUCAUGUAUUGUGCGAUACCUGCCCUAUUCUUGUACCGCACAUAUGGAAGCAUGUCGAUAGUGUGGAAUAUCUGCCUCAUGUUCAUCACUGGCAUGUUUGUCAACGGGCCUUAUGCCCUGAUCACAACUGCUGUGUCAGCUGACCUUGGCACUCACAGCUCUUUGAAUGGCAAUUCCCGAGCCCUGGCCACUGUGACAGCAAUCAUUGAUGGGACAGGAUCUGUCGGUGCUGCCAUUGGACCUUUGGUGACAGGAUACAUCUCAUCGAAGAGUUGGAGUGCUGUGUUCACAAUGUUGAUGGCAGCAGCUCUCCUUGCUGGGCUCCUCUUGACAAAGCUUGUAUGUGCUGAGCUGAAAGGAAAAGUGCCUUCGAGUGCUAGCAAGGACGCCACUGGUGCACAAGGUGCCUACUCAAACGAAGUGUAAGUGCAAUCUGGUUUCGCAAUGGAAGUUGUUCCAGACUUCCAGUGAAUGCCUGCUCUGAAGCUGGCAGGUCACACCUUCCUACUACCUAUCUUGAUUGCUUGGGAUAUUGAGACUGAAAAGGGCAAAGAGACGUGGUUGCUGAGUGACUUCCUCAACUGCAGCUUCAUAUGAUAGUUUUCUUAAGUUCAGGUAUAGAGGCAGCAGAACAUAGAAGUGUGUGUGCGUAGACUAGUUUUCAGGUUUAUAAGAUGAGGUAAAAACACCUCAAAAGCUCUAGAGCCCAAAUAUAGGCACAUUUUAGGCGCCUUGUAAAUAUAUUGGGCAACAAGGUCAGGCUUGGUUCUGGUUGCAUUACUAGAUAUAUAAUUGCAUGUGAUUGUUGUUUAGGUCAGGGUAGAUCAAAGGGAUGAAUCUCCCUUUUGUACAAGAUGAUACGGGAAUGGCCAACUCUGCAUUUACUAGAAAUGUUGGCCUCCUUUUGUACGUGUAAUCAGUGUGAAGGAGGUUCGGAAAAUUUUGAUUGAAACCUCUAGUGAAGGGUUGAUUCACGAAAAAAA